AUGAGUUUGUAUCCUUCAGGGCAGAAGAAUAGGGAGAAGGACAACUUGCACAUCAGUUCACGGCCACACAGAGAGAUGCCACAGUUUGGUUUCCCCACACAGCCAGAGAUGGACAUUGAUUCAGAGGACAGUGGAAACUUGUGUGUGAUGCAUGACACAGUUGCACCAGAGUCGACCAUGAACUUGAUCUCUCGUCCAUUCACCUCGAGGACCACCAUUGGCUCACUCCGCCAGUUGUGGAGCGGGGGUGGGGGCUGUGGCAUGUCAUUGGGCGUCCACAUCUGCUGCUCUCCGUUGUAG